GCGCUUUUGGCCAUUUCCAUCUUCACUCUCUCUCUCUCUCUCUCGGAGCUCUCUCUUGCUCAAAGCUUCCACGCAGCACCAGCAAUGGCGGCAUCUUCGAGCGCUUGGGUGCUCUCGGCUAAAGGGGUGGCCGUGUCGGCCGCCGUGCUCUCGGCGGCUCUGGCGAUGAAGCUCUCCGCCCCAUCGAUCUCCGAGCUCGCGAGGGUCCAGAUCCCUCUCCUGUGGCUCUCGCUUCUCUCGUGGCUCGAGCCUCCCUACAUCUACCUCGUCGUCAACGGCAUCAUCGCCACCAUCGUGGCUUCCUUCAAGCUCCAAGGCAACUGCCAUGAGGUGGAGGAGGGGGAGGAGGCACGGGUGAUCUCGGCGGCGGAGUCGUCCGGCGACCGUGGCUACGUUUUCGUUUUGCCUCCCGAUGGAGUAGUGUGCCCCUCGCCGUGGAAGAACGUCGUUUACGAGGAGAGCGGGGCGGCUGGGGUUUCUGAGGCGGAGCGUGCGGAGCGAUUGGUAGCUGAAGGUGGAGGUGGAGAUGGACAUGGAGACCGCGUGGAGGAGGAAGAGGAAGAUGAGGAGUUUGUGAUUUCGAGGUCCACGUGGACGCCGGCGGCGAGGAGGACGAAUUCUCCGGAGGUGUCGGCGGAGCGCCUCCCCGCGCCGGAGAAACCGCUGGUUUCUUCGAGAUUCGUUCACCGGAGGCCGUCCAAAGCCAGCCCCGAAGCUCUGGGAGUAAUCAAGCUGAAACGACAAGAGACGCUCGAGAACGCGUGGAAGGCCAUCACCGACGGCCGAGCGAUGCCGCUGGCGAGGCGCCGCCUGAGUAAGUCCGAGACGUGGGAGAACCGGGGCCAUCCGAUGGACCCGCUCGAUCAGCCCCGGCCGGCAAUGAGGAAAUCGGACACGUUGAAGGACCGGACGAAUCAGCUGCCGACGUCGCCGCCGUCGCCGGCUGGGAAGGAGGCGUCGCCGAGCCAGGACGAGCUGAACCGCCGGGUGGAGGCGUUCAUACGGAAGUUCAACGAGGAAAUGAGGCUGCAGAGGCAGGAGUCUUUGAAUCAGUGCAAGGCGAUGAUGAACCGGGGUUCGUAGUAGUGGUGCGAAGCAUGAUUCCAAAGGGCAAAUUAAUUUUUCUUUUUGAAUUUUUUGCUCUUGUUUCAUUUCCUUUUAUUUUUUGUUUAAUCGGUUUAUGUUGGUUUGAGAU